AACAUAUUUCGGCGGAUGACCAGGAAAGGGGAUACAGACCGAACACAACAGCUUCGGUACAACGAGAUGUAUCUUACUCGCACUGCUAAUUAUGCUCUUAAGCUCUCGUUAAAUCAGAGUGGAAGUGCUCAAGUGUACCGUAAAAGCAUCGGUGAUCGCGGUACAGCUCGUUCUGCAGUGGUGCUCGCUACAGUUGGCCUCUCCAUGAGCAUGUUCUCCCUGAAGCAGAUGCUGUCAUCCCAAGUGCCUCAGACCAAAGUACGUCGUACUUCCUCGUUCUAACCCCGAAGAUGGAGCGUUACAAGUGCCGAAAUAUCUUCGGUUGAUGCCACACUGAAUUCAAGGACCCCAGCACGUGUGGAAAUCAUAAUAUCUCCAUUACCAUCAACACAAUUUGUACUCAUCAUUCAAAACCAGCACUUGACGCGUGUCGCGGGAUAGUUACACCAAAAUCACGUGGACACUGAAGAAUAUUCUUGAGUUGAGCUCAGAGGUUCCAGGAAUCGUCUCCAAUAGUAGGAAUUUUAUUUGUCAAAUUUUUCGUUGUGAUUCACGAUAUCGCUGACGAUUUGAUUCAAAUGUGAGUUAUUAAUUUUUGAAAUUAAAGUGGAAUCAUCCCAUGGGAAUGAUUUAUCUCGUUAUCUACGACUUGAAGAGGCUAGAGAGAACGUCGUGCAGUCGUCAACAGUGGCAAAAUGAUGAUAAUAUUGUACUGAACGUGAAAAACAAAUUCUAAUCAAAUAGUUAUUAUAUUUUAUGGUAGAGCGUAAGUCUUCAUCAUCAUGCAGAUAUACACGGAUAAAUUUCA